AUGUGGAUAAUCAUCCAAACUGAUCUUGAACUCCCACUCGACGACGCUGGAAAGCUAGUAUCAUGCCAGAACUGGGACACAACCUUGAUUAAGAAAGUUGAGGCCAAUGUCAAAGCAACAUGCACUCUUCAAUGUGGCCUAACUAAAGAAAAGAUGAACCGAGUUGGCCCAUUUUCAAACACAAAAGAACUAUGGGAGAAGUUGAUCAAGUUGCACGAGGGAACUUCUGACAUGAAGGAAGGAACAAGCAGAAUGCAAGAAUCAAAAGCAAAGCGCAGAAUCGAACCCAAGUCCGAAGAUGAAUCAGACUCAGAAGACGACGACGACGAAAUUACAGCCGAGCUCGUAAAACUAGUAUAA